AUGUCUUCCAAAGUAGAACAACUACUUUCCUCCGCAGAGAGUCAAGAUAUCUUCAAGUCUCCAGACUUGGUUAAAGUCACCCAUAAAAAGCCCUACGGGGAGGUCUCGCCGACACGGCCAGAGCUAUCUCAAGCCGGUCGUACCGUGCUCAUCACUGGCGGCAACAGCGGCAUAGGCUACGCCGCCGCCCUCGCCUUUGGCCAAGCCGGUGCCUCGCGCGUCAUCAUCACCGGCCGCCGAGCCGAGGCCACGACUGAAGCUGCCGCCAUGCUCAGCUCGCAAGUCUCUAGUGACGGGAACAAUAACACCCAGUUCAUCGGUGUUACAAACGAUAUUGCCGAUCCCGCCGCCAUCGAAAGUCUAUGGAAUGACCUUGAAGCCCGGAGCAUUUCGGUCGAUGUCCUAGUCCUCAAUGCGGCGCGGUUUUCCGAAGCUCAAGGCCUCCUUGAGCGUGGCAUCGAGGCUGUCUGGGGCGACUACAACGUAAACGUCCGCGCGCAGCUGCACAUGGCGGAGAAGUUCUAUAAACAGAGAGCUGUGGCAACCACCGGGAAAACGCAAAAGUUUCUUGUCAUGGUCUCUUCUGCUGCCAUCCACCUAUGGGCAGCCAAUGAUCCAUACCCAUCCUAUGGUCUCACCAAAAACGCUGGCUCACUAGCCAUGCAACUCAUUGCAAGAGAGGCCGACCCAGAGCAGAUGCAGAUCGUGAGCUAUCAUCCAGGAGCCGUAUUCACAGACGCAGCCAAAAGGGCAGGGGCGAAAGAGGAUACCUUGGACUAUACCGACGUCAAUUUGUCAGGACAGUUUGCUGUGUGGGCAGCCUCGAAGCAGGCGAACUUUCUCCAUGGAAGAUAUGUCUGGGCCGAAUGGGAUGUGAAUGAGCUAAAGAACUUGCGGGAAAGGCUCGAAAAGGACGAUAAUCUCCUGCGCAUUGGUGUCCACGGUUUCGAGUAA